AUGAUCGCAUUUCUCUUCAUCCCACCACUACCUCCUACUUUGUGUCUUGGCAAUCUGAGUGGUCAAAUCAUACGCAGACAUGAAGUUGUGGCGAGCCAUGGUGUUGUUGCUACUGAUGAUGGCAGAUGUUCGCGAAUUGGGAUGGGUGCUCUUCGUGAAGGGGGUCAUGCUGUUGAUGCCGCCAUUGCUGCAUCUCUUUGCUUGGGAGUUGUGGGCCUAGCAUCGAGUGGUAUAGGAGGAGGAUCUUUCAUGUUGAUCAGGCUAGCUACCGGAGAGGCACAAGCCUUUGACAUUAGAGAAACUGCCCCUAUGCAAGCUUCCCAGGAUAUGUAUGCUGGCAAUGCUACUAAAAAGGCUAGAGGCGUGCUCUCGAUAGCAGUUCCAGGGGAACUUGCUGGUCUUCACAAAGCUUGGGAACAGUAUGGAAGGUUUCCAUGGGAAAGGCUUGUAAGGUCAGCUGAGGAGCUUGCUCGUAAAGGAUUCAAAAUUUCACCAUACCUUCAUAUGCAGAUGGUCAAAACAGAAUCAGGGAUCCUGGCUGAUAAGGGGCUUCAAGACUUGCUUACAUCCAAUGGAAAACUUUUGCAACCAGGAGAUAUCUGCUACAACAAAAAACUAGCAGACACACUCAGAAGUAUAUCAAAAGAUGGCAUAGCGGCCUUCUACAAUGGAUCGAUAGGAUACAAAUUGGUUGAAGAUAUUCAGAAGGCUGGAGGGAUUUUGACAAGAGAGGAUUUGCGGAGAUAUCAAGUUAAAAUGCGAGAUCCAAUCACUGUUGAGAUUCUAGGCUUCAAAAUACUUGGAAUGCCCCCUCCUUCUUCUGGGGGUGCUUCAAUGAUGCUUAUUUUGAACAUUCUUUCCCAAUACGGAGUUCCUUCUGGCAUUCUGGGUCCUCUUGGGAUCCAUCGAGAAAUUGAAGCUCUAAAACAUGCAUUCGCAGUUAGAAUGAAUCUUGGGGACCCCGAUUUUGUUAAUGUCACUGAAGUCGUAUCUGACAUGCUUUCUCCAAAAUUUGCUCAAACGUUAAAGAAAACCAUAAAUGACAACAUGACUUUUGAUCCUCGUCAUUAUGGUGGCAGGUGGAACCAGAUCCAUGACCACGGAACCAGUCAUAUUUCCAUUGUAGUUAUUGAACGAAAUGCUGUCUCCAUGACCAAUACUGUGAACUCAUACUUUGGUUCAAAUAUGCUGUCUCCGAGUACGGGAAUACUUCUAAACAAUGAAAUGGAUGAUUUCUCCAUCCCCAUGAACAAUGGAGACAUUCCAUCUCCAGCACCUCCCAAUUUCAUCCGCCCAGGGAAGAGGCCAUUAUCAUCCAUGGCACCUACUAUCAUUUUGAAGGAUGAGAAACUGAAAGCCGUGGGCAUGGAUCCACUCCAUUCUGUCCUUGCUCCAAGAGUUUAUCAUCAGUUGAUACCUAACGUGGUACAGUUUGAGAAUUGGACAACGCCAUAUGGUGAACACUAUGAAGUUCCUGCUCAUGUGAGAGCAUUCCUUCAGAAAAGGGGCCAUGUCCUACAAAGCCUCGCUGGUGGGACUAUUUGUCAAUUCAUUCUCGCAGAUGCAGAAACUAGCAAGAAAAAUAAAGGUAGGGAUGAGCUUGUGGGAGUCAGCGACCCAAGGAAGGGAGGUUUUCCUGCUGGCUAUUGA